AUGGCGCCUCUUGGAUCUUACAGCGUUCUAGCUACAUCGUGUCUCUUGCUUGCUGCGAAUGGCGCGCCGGCACCCGUACGCGACUCUGGAUCUCUCUCGGCAACUGUCACUAUUCGCGCUCCAGCCCCUGAACCACAGCUGGUCGGUGGCCUCAUUGGUGGUCUUGUGGGAACUGUCGGUACUUUAACGACGACAGUGGUUCAAGCCUUGAAUGGUACACUUACGGAGCUGCUCGACCCAAAGCCCACAAGUUCACCAAAGAGCAUCGACGAUGUUCUCAACUAUCUACAGAAACGGUACCAGAAUAAGAACAACACAGGUUACAUUGGUAACGGCAUCAACUAUGCGCUGAAUGGCAUCCUGCCUGCUCUCACGGGAGCGAAGGGUUUCCAGGGUGCAACAAUUGCAGAGGGUUCUCAAGGGAUCAACUCGUUCACAAACAGCAACCCUGCACCUCCAAAGACGAUUUAUCCACGAGCCAGUUCUUCGGAUCCCAAGUUCUCAGUCAGCGAGGCAGCCUUGCGGUCAGCCAUCUACAUCCCGUCCACCUUCAACGCCAAAAAUGCCCCUAACCCAGUCCUCCUUGUUCCUGGCACAGGUGCAUUCGGCGGUAUAAACUACGAAGGCAACUUCGCGAAGAUCUUGCAAGCAAACCCCUCAAUCGGCCAACCAGUCUGGCUGAACAUCCCUACCGCCUUGCUCAUGGACGCCCAGACGAACGCCGAAUACGUCGUCUACGCUAUAAACUACAUCAACGCCAUCACAGGCAAGAAAGUCAACGUCAUUGGCUGGUCGCAAGGCAAUCUCGACACCCAGUGGGCGCUGAAGUACUUCCCCUCAACACGCACAUCCACCAAACAGCUCAUCUCAGUCUCGCCUGACUUCCACGGAACUGUCCUGGCCAAUCUGGUCGACAUCGGCACGGAUAUCGGCGUAGUCCCGAUGGCGCAAGCCGUCCUGCAACAAGAGUAUAAUAGUAAUUACGUGACGCAGCUGCGUAAGAACGGCGGAGACUCAGCAUACGUCCCCACCACAACCUUCUACUCCGCUUUCUUCGACGAGAUCGUCGAGCCGCAGGCCGACCCCAACGCAUCCGCCUUCCUCAACGACGCGCGUGGCGUCGGCGUCUCCAACAACGAGAUCCAGGCCAAAUGCGGCAACGCUCCAGCCGGCGCAUUUGGGACGCACGAGUCGCUGCUUUUCAAUGGUUUCGUCGUGACGUUGGCGCUUGAGGCGCUGAAAAAGGGACGGGCUGUGCAGGCGGGUGAGAUUGAUCUGGCGACCGUUUGUCAGCUGGCUGUGUAUCCCGGGUUGGAUUUGACGGAUGUGCUGGAAACGGAGGGGUUGAUUCCGCUGGCUGCGGUUAAUAUAUUGGAGUAUAUUGGGGCUGGGAAGGGGGUGGUUGGGGAGCCGGGAUUGAGGGCGUAUGCUACGCAGUAA